AUGUCCCGGGGGAAUGCCACGAGCAGCGCCCUUCAGCAGCAGGCAAAGACAGAACGUAUCGUUCGACUUGAGGUGCAGCGCCGGCACGCAAAGGGAACACUACGCGUUAUUGAUGCCAUGAUUCGUGAUGUGGACGACCAGCUGCUUUAUGUUGCUCAGUUCAAGAAGGAGUGGCUGCAGCACCGCAAGGAACUGGAGGCGGCACGGCAGGAGCUUUUAGCUGAGGAACUUACAAGGAGGCAGCAGUUUGAGAAGCAUUGUUUGCAUACACUGCAUCAGCUCGCGUGUGGGAAAAAUACGACUUUGAGGGCAAAAAUUCUGCAACAAAACGGGGGAGUGACGGACUCAUGA